AAGGAGCUUGGCUACAAAGUCCAGAUUUUUGAAAAGAAAGUGGAAUCAUACAAAAAAAUGACAAAGAAGUUCAGCAAUGCAGUGGAAUAYAUCAAGUAUCAGGCUGGAGAAGCAGAGAAAAUCAUCAAAGCAGAAUUUGAAAGGCUCCGUAAUGUGCUUAAUGCUGAAGAACAAAAGCGUUUAAGUGCCUUGGCCCGUGAGGAGGAGGAGAAGGUCGAGGUCCUACGAAAAAUGAGUGACGAGAUAGAAGUGGACAUUGUUAAAAUAAAAGAGCUCAUUGAUUCUCUGAAGAGAGAGAUGGGCAAUGAGGAUCUACCACUUCUGCAGAAUUUCCAAAAUGUGAAAAGACAAGCCCAGUGGACUGAACCUGAGCCUAGCUUUCUUUUUGACUCACUUUUGAACAUGGGCAAGCAUAUUGGUGCUUUGAGCUACAACAUAUGGAAAGACCUGAAAUAUCAUGUCCAAUAUUACCCAGUUGUGUUGGACCCAAACUCGGCCUCUCCAUGGCUUUCCUUGAAUGGUAGUCUGACCACUGUGAAGGAGAGCUCAGAGCGGCUGACGGUUCCUGAAAACUCAGAGCGCUUCGAUCCAUGCGUCUUUGUCCUUGGUGCCCAAGGUUACAGUACUGGCAAAUACAAAUGGGACGUCAUCGUUGGCGACAACCCCAAAUGGAUUCUGGGAGUGUGCAAAGAGACUGUGGCCCGUAAGAAGAAGUUUACACUCUCGACAGGUCGUGGUGUGUGGGUCAUCGGGCUGAGUAAAGGAGUGUAUACUGCAUACACAGCACCUGAGCGGACAGAGAUAUUGGUGCCGCAGGGUCCUGAAAAAAUCCGCAUCAAGCUAAAUAUAGAAAAAGGAGAGGUGUCAUUUUGGGAUGGGGGGAGAGAAAAGCACCUGGUCACUCUCACACACAAGUUUGAAGAUACUACGUUGUAUCCAAUUUUCGGCCCUGGCCUCCAUACUACUCCUAUGAUUCUGGCUCCCGGAAAAAUAGCUGUACACACGUCAUAACAACCUAAUUUCACAGAAACGGGCUUGUUUAUCUAAAGUUGCAUAAUUUAAAAUAUAUAUUCAAACUUCUUGUUUUGUUUUAGAAAAUGCAACUUAACUCAAUAAUGCUUUGCUAUCAAAUGAAUAUUGAUCAGCAUAAAUGAGUCUAAAAAUAGAACAAUUAUUAAUGCUGGAAAUGCAUAAUAAGCUUAAACCAAAGCAAAUACAGUAUAAGAUAAUCAAAGCAAAAUGGAUGUUCUAAAGUUUCAGAAAUGUUUGUACAAUGUACUGUGGGAAAUUGCGUAAUUUGAGAUUGUUCAAAGCAUGGUAUUGUUUACUGGUCAAUAAUAAUGAAAACCAGUUUCUGCUUUUGUGCCUUUGCUCAAGUAACCUUAAUUGAUCUCUGAUCUAUAUGAUACAGCUUGAGAAAAAUACAAAGAGUGUGUUUUUAUAAUAUUUUGGGUGUUUGUGUCUUUCCAUUUCUUUUGGGAUCCCCCCUUUUUUUUCUUAAAGAAAUUAUAUUUACACUUUUUUUAAUCAGUAUUUUUUUACAUGGCAUAAUUAUUUGUUUUGAUUAGAAUAAUUGAAUUGCAAAGCUGUUAUUGCAUUCUUCAAGUGCUUCAAGUCGAUUCAACCACUUAUUGGGAAACAGCUGCCUUUAUACAAAUGUACAUUUUUUAACAUCUAGCCUUAAAACAUGAAUGUCAUCUGUAACAUUUUUUUAUUCAAUAAAGCAACUAAAAUCA